AUGGCAAAUAUAUGUCCAAUACUCAUACAUCCAUCAUUUAUUGGUCAUACUUAUCAUGAUUUUCAACUACAAUUUGAAUCUUCAACAACAAAUUGUACUAUUGAUGCUCUACAAAAUUUACUUCUUAUUCAAUUUAAUCGUUUUUCAAAUUCAACAUUAGAUAAUACAUCUUAUGCUCUAUAUAAUCUAGCUAAACCUAGUAAUGAAUUACCACAUGUACAAGUUUUUCCUAAUGAUCAUAUUAAUUUUUGUGUACAAUCAGCAUUCAAUACAAAUAAAAAUAAUAUAAUAUGUCAUGAAUUUUAUAUGAUAACAAUGUUAACAACAAUAGAUACAAUAAUAUGGCCAUUAUUAAUUAUAUUUGGUUAUAUUAUUUUAUUAAUAUUAGCUAUGUUAUCAUCUUUAUUAGCAGAAAUAUUUGGUAAAUUAUCUCAAACAUUAUUUUCAGGUUCAAUAACAAAAAAAUUAUUAAAAAAACGAGAUAUAUUUUCAUUUUUACCAACAUCACAUAAAAAUUUACAUAAUAUAGUUUUAACAAAAUUUGAUGAAAAAAAAGAAUUUUUUAAAACAAUUGAUCAAAUUGCAAAAGAUUGUCAAACAAAUAAUACACAAAGAUAUAUUAUUAAAACACAAAAAUUUUAA